GACGAAAGGAUCCACCUCCGGGAAAAGGCGUAGACCAAUCAAUAAUCUUUAAGACAUCAUGUGAUCUUGCUCGGCGUAAACACGACUUCGGGAAUGGAGAGAGAGAGAGAGAUGCUCGUAAAGCGUGUUACAACUGAAAUCACACGAGGUCCACACUUCCAGUGGGGGCUCUAGUCCCGAUGACAGGAGGUUUUGUUUUUAUCAUAAUCGCUCUUUUUGAGAAAAGAAAAGAAUGACUGGUGUCCAGCCGGUUGAUCCGCCUUGACGACAUCUGAAUGACACUGAAAGGUAAGAAGAAGAGGGGAAAACAGUUGAGUAAGAUGAGAGACUUACCUGGAGGAAAGGAUGGCGGUUUUUACGAACCGGGACGUUACUCAGCACCCGCGUUGGAUGUGAUAUGAUAUUAUUGUUUUCGUUCAGAUGCAAAAGGUGUGUGCUGGCAUUAAUGAUGACUAUUUGUGGAUUAUGUGUGUUUAGUCUCUACGGCAUGGCCGUCACGUGGAGCGCCGUCGUGCCGCUUGGGGGUCAGCAAACCGGCUACGACGUCAGACAGAAGGAACUCUUCGACAACGUCGUCGUAGCCGGAGACCGCGUUCGCGGCACCGUAGCCGCUGAUCCCGGCGAGAGCGUUGUUCAAAGACACAACAGGGUUCUCCAGAACUCUAACAGAGAUUUCUAUGUGAAAACGGACCCGUCUUCCAAAGAAGAGAGGGGAGAAAAUAGUUUAAGAACCUUUGAAAAUUACCAAGAAGCCACGGAGGAUCUCAAACAAAAGUUACGGGGAGAUAAUUCGAUAUUCGUCGACGACGAAGAUCAAAGGAACAUCAACGGCAGAGAUAACUUUGAAGCGAGGACAAAACCUUAUUACGGAACGGCGUCCAAGUUAUCGCAGGAGUAUCACAAUGCCACGAAAAAGCUACCGGAGGCUAUAAUUAUUGGAGUAAAGAAAGCGGGUACGAGGGCCCUGCUGGAGUUUCUGCGCAUCCACCCGGAUGUACGUGCCCCAGGGCCAGAACCUCAUUUCUUUGAUCGGAAUUACGAUAAGGGCUUGGAGUGGUACAGGUCCCAAAUGCCGGAGACUAUCCCGGGUCAGCUGACGAUAGAGAAGACGCCCAGUUACUUCGUGACGCGGGAAGUCCCUAAACGGGUUUACGACAUGUCGAAAAACGUCAAGCUGAUCGUUGUGGUGCGGGACCCCGUGACUCGCGCCAUCUCGGACUACACGCAGGCGCUGAGCAAGAGACCCGAUAUCAAGCCAUUCGAGCAGUGGGCGUUGCUAGACAACCGGACGAGGCUCGUGAACUCGUCCUGGGGAGCCAUUCGAAUCGGCGUCUAUCCGAAACACCUGGAGCACUGGCUGAAAUUCUUCCCUCUGGAGCAGAUCCACUUCGUGAACGGGGAGAGGCUGAUAGGGGACCCCGCCAGCGAGAUCGGGCGCGUCCAGAGCUUCCUGGGACUCAGGCAGUACAUCUCCGAGAAACAUUUUUACCUCAAAGAGCCCAGGGGGUUCCCCUGCAUCAUCAGGAACGAGAGGACCGGUCGGCACCACUGUCUAGGGAAGACCAAGGGGAGGCCUCACCCGAAGGUCAACGAGGAUGUGAUAGCUCGCCUUAGGGACUUUUACAGACCGUUCAACCUAAAGUUUUAUCACAUGGUCAAACGGAAGUUUGACUGGAGAUAGUGCGAUGAGCUAGUGGUGUGUGAGUGCGUGGUGCUGACACGGUCAAGGGUUAAUGACUUUGCGAGUCGAGGGUUAAUAAUCAAAUAUUUAUUUAUGCUUUAUCAAGCUCAAAUAUCCUGAGAUGUUAAAGCAAACAAAAAACAAAACAAAAAAACUUCUGUAAAUAUUCUCAUUUAAAGUUGAACUGUUACACAAGGUGACCGAUAUAAUUAUGUUAUGUGUUAAGAGUGUUUAGUGUGUUUAGUGUGUACGGGAGAUCUUAAUCAAAAUGUCUUGUUCUUCAUGAUUGGUGCAAACGUAACGUAGAUAUAAUGGUUAUUUAAAACAAGCAUACAGUGCCUGACGAAUGUGUGUAUUGCAAGCUUCCUCAUUGGCCAGUCUGGGAGCAAGAAGGAACCUGAUUGGUGCAAAUGUUUGCAACAGUUUGACUGACAGAUGUGUCAACCUAUCAACGAUAUUGUUCUGUCUUCGACGCAGAAUCUAGCCAAUCACUCGUGUUGACGUCACACACCAAGGCGUAUCUUGCCAUAAUAAUUAUCUCAAAAUAUAUUUAUCUACCUCGUGUUUAUGCUGCGUUAAAACAAGAGCAGCGAAAUCCACCACAGUUGCUAAAAUGGCUCGUUGGUUUCUUCAUACAGCCGUAGUGCUAAGUUAAAACUAGCUAGCAAUUAUUUAAUGUAAUAUUUAUUCGCAUUUCAUUGUGGUAAAAAUCUUGUUUUAAAUAGUAGAGUGGAUGUUUGCACUGGGCUCGUGCUUAUAAAUACUUUGACGAUUGUACAGAUCAUUUAUAGUUCAACCACCCUCCCCCCCCCCCCACCAUCCUGUCCCGAAACCGGCCCCUGGCGAUGUCAGAGGUCGGAUCCUGGACGGGGUGCCUGAACCUAGUUUUGGGUAGUGGCACGUAAAACAAGUUCCCAUACAAAUAUAGUUUAAACUGUAGUUACAGGCUAUACCAAAGGUCUGCUCAGGAGCACGAGCGUUGAAUGACGCAUGCGAUCAAUUCACUAUGCAUCGUAUUGAAUUGACAGCGAACAUUCAAGAGACAUCCGUUCUCCUGAACAUGUCGCAUUUUGAAACAUUGAAAUUAAGAUUAAUUGUUCUCGGUUACUUAACUGACUUUGAUGAGUUAUCACCUAUGAUGAUAAAUUACUGUACAGAUCACUACAUAUAAUAAUUUCCCCAUUAUGUCAUUUGCUAAGAUAACUCAAACUUUCCCUCCCCGUCCCUGUCUUGAACAGAACUCUCUGGCGAAGUCAGAGGUUGUGUCCACGACAGGCGUGCUUGAAAAAGUAUCUGCAUGCAUGCCAAAAAUUACGCACACACACACACACACACAGACACACACACACACACACACACGCACACAAUUGCGAAGAUUAGACUACCUGGCAAAAAAUUAUUUGAUUUCUUGCGUAAUUCAUUAAAAUAUAUUAUGGAACAACAUGCUAGGUAGGUGGGCAGAGUACCAAGAACGGCGUGCUUGAACCGUCGUUAGAUACAAGCACGAUAGUAAGUUCUGUCAUCUGACUCAAAAAUGUUUACAAUCACGAGCCCAUGUGCGUAUUAGCAUUAUACUUAAUUUCCUUUGUAAUUAAUAAUAAUAAUUAUUAUAGUUCUAAUAUCGAUUUAUUUGUAUGGGCUUAUAAACGUAGCCGGUGGAUAUUAACUUUGUGCUAGAUUUUUACCUCGGCCCCUUUUUUACGAAGCGAUCUUAGCGCUACGAUCAACUUUAGUGUGUAGCUACCAUAAGAUGAUCGUAGCGCUAAGAUCGCUUCGCAAAACGGGACCCUGGACCCUGUGCUUAGUUAUGGACCGUUUAGAGAUUUAGUUAUGAACCGUUUAGAGAUUAGAGUGUAUAAUAAAAUAUCUCAUAGGCACAAACAGAAGUCCACAGUCGAAUAUCAUUCCAUCCAAUAAAUUUAAAACAUAACUGUUAUUGACACAUGGAUGAAUCAUUCGUUUAGGUAUUGCAUAAAACAUGAAGGAAUCUCAACGAAAUCAGAAGCAUGUGAUGAAAAUAUGCUGCAUCAGUGGCUCACUCGAAAGAUAACUUCUUUCAGAAUUCUAUGUGAUAGCUCUCAUUUCCAUAAAACAUACAUUAUGAAUGCUUUGGGUUUUUUUCUCUCUCAUGUUUAUGACAUGCGUUUAAGCUAGAGGUCAUGGUCGUAAUGUGGUUUUUUUCCUGUGAAUUCUAAUUAUGUUCAUGUUGGUCUAUGUAUAUUUGAUAACUCUUACACCAGUAUUUCCUAUAUGAUAAUGCAGCAUUAAGACUCCUCCGGUGCAUUCGUAUUGAAACUUUCGUAAAUCAAAGCAUUUCGGAAAAUAGUAAAAUUCCAAAGUACCAAACAUUUUGUUUUAUUAAUACAUAUUAUUUCUUCUUUUUUUCUCAAGAUGUAGUCGCGAAACUUCAUCCACUGUAAUUAGUGUGGGUUUAAAUUUUAAAAUAAUUAUUCAUAUUUCAAAUUAUAUCUCUACACUUAUAUCUAAAGUUUGUUUUGUUUAACGACACCACUGCAGCACAUCGAUUAAUUAAUCAUCGGCUAUUGGAUGUCAAACAUUUACAAUUGGUAAUUCUGACUCGUAGUCAUCAGAGGAAACCCGCUAUAUUUUCUUUUUCUAAUGCAGCAAGGGAUCUUUUAUAUGCACUUUCCCACAGACAGGAAAACACAUACCACGGCCUUUGUCCAGUUGUGGUGCACUGAUACAUUUGUAUCUCUACACCGGGAAAGUCAAAGAGAGUAUCAUCAUUAAUCCUUGAUCAUCCUUAUCAUUUGUAACUUACUAUCAACAUUCAACCUUUAAUAAAUAUUUUAUUUCAUUUCAUAUCGUUGGCGUAAAAGAUUAUACGCAAUAUCAUUUAUCUAUGAUUCAGUUUCAUAUUUUGUAAUGUGGUGAUAAAAUGUAAACCUUAUUUUUAAUAGCAAUUUCAAAUCAUGACUGCAAGCUCUAACGUGGUGCAAAAAUUCCAGGGUUUAAUUUUGAAUUUUCAAACCAUAUCAUUAUUAUCAGAAAACUAAAAUGAUAUCUCGCUGAAUAAGACCUCAGCUUUAUUAAUAAACGUACGGUAAUGACAAGUUGAGCGUGCAUGACUCUUAUCUUUUCCACGAACAUAGCUUCUUUAUAUAGCUGUUCACCAAACUGAUCAAGCUAUUUGCAUACUGUAAAAAUUGUACUGGGAGUGGAAACAGAAAAGUGUCAUAGACAUCACCUUUAUUAACGUUUAUUAAUAAACAAAAGGUAAUGACAUCCAGUGCUUGUGACAAGUUGAGGUUACAUAACUCUUAUCUUUACCACAAGAAUAGCUUCUUUGUGUACAGGUAGCUGUUCACCAAAUUGAUCAAGCUAAUUUGCAUAAUGUAAAAACCGUACUGGAAAUGGAAACAGAACAAGUGUCUGACCGCGUCUCAUUAAUAGUGCUAUGGAUGCUUUUGUUGCAAAUAUCUUAUUGAUACCUCUACGGUAAUUAUGAUCAGGGUUUAUUUAUUUGUGUGUGUGUAUGUUUUUAUAUUCGAUUUUCAUUUCAGUUUAGUAUUUUAUAUGAUCAAGAAUAUGAAUAUUUCAUCACUUGACUCAGUCAUUUUAAUGUUUUGUUUUAUUAAACUUGAAUAUAAAUCUCAGAAGUGAGUCUUCAGUCAACGAAGUCAUAAUCGACCAUGAUAUUAAAAUGGUGUAAAAAAAAAAAAUUGUACAUAGAUAUAAUAUUACGUUAAUUGUAGUAUAUUGUAGAAAGUAUUUUAUAAAUAUUUCAAAGUACACCGUGUCUGUUGAUUCCACACUGCCUUACACUUGUUGGAGAGGUGUCAGUCUUCAACGAUAAUGUUUUCCUGUCAGCUAUUGCACUUUUCGCAUGCCAUUGUUGACUGUAAAAAUUCGACCAUCACUUUUUUUUUCAGUCGAGUGACAAUUAAGCUAUAUUAUUAAAAAAAAAAAAUACAUUUAAUUUUUUUUUUAUUAUUGCAUUAUACAUGUAUAAGAAAUCUUAAAAAAACAUUUAAUAGCAUACGGUUAAAUUUUGAUGUUUCAAAAAUAAAAGCCACGUGCAUUUCAUUUUAAUUCCAGUUUGUUUGACACACAUUUACUACUAUACCAUCGGUGUCACGACCAAAUUUAGUAUGUAAGUUAUGCCGAUAAAAGUAUAUGUUUAUAAUUCUAGUAAUUCACCGCAUUUGUAUUCAACAGUACCAUGGUUUUGAGUUUACUGCAUGCUAGGACAAUUCAAGAAACCAUCAGAAACAUUAUUGAUAUGACUGACACCUUUCUGCAAAAAACUUUUUCACUUGCACUUCUUAAUAAAGAGGAUAUUUGUUUAGAAACAAAUAAUAUUUACUACACACAUAUCAUUUUUUGUUAGUAUUGGAUAGCUAAGACAGUUUUUUGCGCAUGCGCAUGGAUAUUUUAAAAGUUUCGGGUAUUAAACGAGAUUAUCCGACGUUUUGCGAAUGCAGGUUAUGCCCAACAUACGGAAGUUACCGAGACAUGUGGGAAAAUAAUGAUUUAAUUUGUAAUCUGGUGUUUGUGAUUAAUUACUGUUGCGUUAUAAUCUGUGGUAACACUCUAUUAAAAAGGCAAUCUUAUUACACUUUAUUACAAUAACGAAUUAACACGCACGCCGUCAACCAUAAAGUGAAAGCGCAACAUGCAAUUAUAACAUUAAAACCACAAAAUUAUCAAUCAUUUUGAAGCCAUCUCUUCACAAUGCAAUUUUGAUGAUUAAUUCACCGCAAUGGAAGCAAAUAAAACGUCUAGUUAUAAAAAAAAGAAGAAAGGAAAAUCUCGACACAGCCGGUUUUGAAAUUAUUAGUUCAUAAAGAUGAGAUUAUGUUAAUUACGUAAUAUUCAUUUUUGUAUAAUUAAACUUUGUUUAUUUCUGUAAUUCAGAGCAAAUUCAAUUGUCACAGGGUCUCAAUUUGUGCCAUAUUUAAUUCCCAAUGAGCCGAGAGAGAGAGAGAGAGAGAGAGAGAGAGAGAGAGAGAGA